CACUUUCCGGCCCGGACCUGUUGUCGGGCCUUCACUUGGGGCCCGGCUCCCAAGCCCUGCCCACGUCCCAUGACCACAAUGGCCCAAGUGGUCUGCGGGCUGGCGCGGCGCUGGUGCUUCGGCGCUCUGGGAAGUCCCCUGCAGGUCCUCUGCCUCCAGGCACUGCCCCUGCACUUGGGCAGGACAGCAAUGAGGGCCAGCCAGAAGGACUUUGAGAACGCAGUGCGUCAGGUGAAACUCUGGAAGAAGGACCCGGGAAACGAAGUGAAGCUGAAACUCUACGCGCUGUAUAAGCAGGCCACCGAGGGACCGUGUAAUUUGCCCAAACCAGGUAUGAUGGACUUGGUCAAUAAGGCCAAAUGGGACGCGUGGAGUGCUCUUGGCAGUCUGCCCAAGGAAACUGCCAGGGAGAACUACGUGGAUUUGGUGUCCAGCCUGAGCGCUGCAUCCAAGCCCCCCAGCCCGGCGAAGCCUGCAGCGGACGGGGAACAAGCGGGAGGUGACCUGGUGGUGACCUCUGAGAACCACAUCACAACGAUCACGUUCAACCGGCCUGCCAAAAAAAAUGCAAUCACCACUCAGAUGUAUCAAGAUAUCAUGCUUGCACUUCAGGCUGCCAGCAAGGACGACUCAGUCCUGACUGUUCUAACAGGAAACGGUGAGUAUUACUGCAGUGGGAAUGACCUGACCAACUUCACUGACAUCCCCCCCGGAGGGCCGGAGGAGAAAGCCAGGACUAACGCCAUUCUGCUGAGGGAAUUUGUAGACUGUUUCAUAGAUUUUCCUAAGCCUCUGGUCGCAGUGGUCAACGGCCCAGCCGUGGGCAUCUCCGUCACCCUUCUCGGCCUGUUUGACCUCGUGUACGCGUCAGACAGGGCAACGUUUCACACUCCGUUCGGCCCCCUGGGCCUGAGUCCGGAAGGCUGCUCCUCCUACACCUUUCCGAAGAUGAUGGGCCCCAGCAAGGCAGCAGAGAUGCUCAUUUUUGGGCGGAAGCUGACAGCUCAGGAAGCCUGUGCUCAAGGACUUGUGACCGAAGUCUUUCCUGACAGCACUUUUCAGAAGGAAGUUUGGACCAGGCUGAGGGCCUACACUAAGCUCCCUCCAAACGCCGUGAGAACUUCCAGGGAGGUGAUGAGAAGCAAGGGGAGGGAGCGGCUGCACGCCGUCAACGCCGAGGAAUGCGGGGCCCUGCAGCAGCGCUGGCUGUCCGAGGAGUGCACCAGCGCUGUCGUGCGCUUCUUGUCCAGGAGGGGGAAGCUCUGAGUGGCCGGAGGGGCUCCUGUCUCCGAUUUCCAGUUCUGAACUAAGUGAGCCCCCCUGUGCCUUUUGGAGGUGCUAGGAUGUAACUUGUGAUGAGUGUACCCGCCUAGGGCCCUGCUGAAUAAAGAACCAUGUGAAGAUGAA